AUGGCAGAGCGGGCGUCGAAAAGAGCCCUGGCGCUCGAGGAGGCCCUGGCGGCCCAGCGCCGUGCGGAGCAGCUGGUGGCGGAGAUGCGGAACCAGCUGAGCCAGUGGCUCUCCGCCAACAGGCAGACGAUGGAGGUGGCCCUCCGAGGCUUCAGCAAGCUGGCUUCGAUCACCGGCCACAAGGUACCGCAAACCGAGCUGAAGUUCAUGCAGGCUUUCGCUACGGCAGAGCCGACGCCUAUGGAGGUACUCAAGGCCAUGAAGGAAGCAUCGCCCAAGUUCGAGGUUUGGGUCAGCGAGGCCUUGGCCAAGUAUGCCGCGAGCUUCCCCAAGGAUGGCACACCAGCCCCGGCCGUGGAGGUGCCGACGAAGGAGCCGGAAGCUCCGGAAGCUCCGCAAGGCAAGGAGGUGGUCUACAAAGGAGAUCCCAAGGAGGUGCAGGAGCUGAAGCGCAUCACGCAGAGGCAGCAGGAGGAGAUCUCCAAGCUGCUUCUCACCAUCGACGAGCUGCGAAAGCGCAUGGAGAACAUCAAGGUCGUGUCGUUAGAUGCCGGCCCUGGUGUUGCCGGCACGGUCGACAACAUUAUGGAGAAAGUUGGCCUGAAGGACAUCAUGGAAGCCGGCUUGGCACGGAAUCCGCCGGUACUGAAAGGUGUUUUUGAGCGCCUUUACUCUGAUGCCACGCAGCGCAUCCAAAGGUACGGCCUGAUCCGGCAGCAGAUGCUUCUGGCGAACAAGGCUUACGCAGCAGUGGUGGAGGCCGUCGCUUCCGAGGAGGAGCAGCAGUGGCCUGACUUCGAGCGGCUAAACGACACCACAGAUGCCACGAUCAGGGGCAUGUGGUACCACACAGAGUACCUCUUCCGAAGCGCUUGUGAGUACGCCAUGACGCAGGGUGUGGAGGCCACGCUGGUGAAAUCGCAGCAGAACUUGGUUUCGGAGUUUGAGGAGAAGUUUCAAGUGACGGCCACUGUGGGUCUCUGCGCCGGCGCCGCACCGCUGGCUGCGGCCUGGCUGCGCUGUGACCUCUCAAGGGCAAAGGCAGCGAGUCGCCGGUCACGCCUGCAGAAGGUGGCAAAGCUUGCUGCCGAGAAGGCUCCGAACGUCGCUCGACUCAGGUUGGAUGGGCUGGAAGGCUUCCGCCACGACUUCUUCGAAGCCUUCUCGGAAGAGGACUUUCUGUGGAACGCUCUCAAAGAUCCAGCGCGGACAGAGAGAGCGGUCACACGGUCCUUCAAGCUGGUCGUCAAGUGGCUGCCGGAAGAGGCCCUCCACGAAGUGCAAAGGCUCCUUGUCGACUCGUCUUCGGCGCCGGCACUGCUGCUUUCGGGUUUGCCGUUAGACUCAGAGAUCCCUCCCACGCCAAUGCUACCUGGCGACUUUCGCCUACCUGUGGCCGAGGCCUGGCUGCUGGGCUUGGCUCGUUGCCUCGGCUUGCCAUACGGCCUUUUGGGGUUCUACACCGAGAAUGCGCGCGGAGGGCUGAUCCGGGACCUUGCGCCGAAGCCAGGUUUGGGUGGCAUCAACCAGCCGCACAUCCAGCUGGGCUUCCACCGAGACGUUCCCAAGUGCGUGUCCGGUGCCCAGAGCGAGCCUGACGGCUUUAUUCUUCUGGCAGCUCGUGGCGAUCCACAGCACGGGGCGAAGACGCAGAUUUGCUCCCACCGACGCCUGGCCGCGUGCUUGACAUCUGAUGAGCUGCAGGCUCUUCGCCGCAGACCUGUGCGAGUUGAGUGCGUCAGGCCGGACGGAGUUUCCCCAUAUGGCCAGCCGUUUUAUGCGGUCACAGGCUCCGAGAACGAGCCCGAGAUCACUCUCUUCUACAUUCCAGAUCACAAGGAGUUUUCAUAUCGGAUAGUCAGCGAGGACGCCGAGACCCAGGCUGCCUACAGCCGGGCACUGGCAGCGGCUGCAGAGACAUGUGACGAUGUAGACUUGCAGGCUGGGGACGCACUGCUUAUCGACAAUGCCCGCUGCAACCAUGCGCGGACGGCAUUCGAGCCGCAACAGGACGGAACGGACCGGUGGCUGCUGAAGACCUUCGUUUGCGCAGGUGGAUGGCAGCGGCCAAGACCAUCGGCUUCACUGACUUGGCCUGGCUUGCUAGUCCCGGAGAGCUUCAGCCCUGCGGCCCCACGCCGGGAGAAGCCGCCAGGGCCUCCAAGACGCCAGGAGCGAGGCAUCAAGGAGGAAGCUUCCAGGCGCUCAGAGCUUCCCAGCAAGCGACGACCCGAUGAGCCAACGCCCUUCAUGUCCUACAUGGCAGCAUUACGGGAGGUGCAGGGACAGCUGGCCAAGGAGGUGGUCCAAAGCCUCCCCGAGAAGCCGCGGCACGGGACCCGUGCUCUCGACGAGUUCCGGACACUCAAGGACGCCUGCGACAGGCCGCCGAUGGCUUUGCCUACUUCGACCACUUCGUCGCUGGCGACCAGCCGCAGCCUGCCGGCCUUGCCCAAGACGCGCGGCCUGCAAGGUGGCUUGCAGGAGCCAGAGGCAGUGCCGAGCCCACUCACGAAGGCGAAGAUGGCCGCGACUAUGAUGACUUGA